AUGGAAGAUGAAGGAGAAGAGGAAGAAGAGGAAGAAGAAGAAGAAGAAGAAGAAGAAGAAGAAGAAGAAAGAGGUCAGGAGGUAACAAUCGGUCGUCAAAUCAACAUUUGUCGUCGGAUAAUCGGCAAAUACUGA